UAUUAAAUUACCGUUUUUUUGCUAUAAAAACAAACAACCCUGUUGCGUCUCUUGAUUUGCCCUUCGAGAACACACCUCAGCCAUGAAGCGAUCGACUUUUAUUGCGUUGGUUGGCUUAAUAUCUGUGUGUGGAACUCACGCCUUACUGCCACCCGAGGAAGUUUCGCUCUCUCCAAAGACUUGGUUUCGCCGAGAUGUCCAGAGAUUAGAAGAGCUUUCUCUUUACAAAUCACAGCGACGUCCCAAACCAUUGGCUUUUAGCAAUGGGAAGGGUUUGGUGGCUGGAGCAGGACAUCCCCUCGCGGUCCAUGCUGGAAAGGAGGCUCUGAAAAAAGGAGGCAAUGCCAUGGAUGCGUGCUUGACGACUGCACUUACAGAGAUCACCCUUGCAGCUGGAUCGUACGUGUCGUACGCCGGAGCAGCCAACAUUUUGUACUAUGACAGCUCCACCGGAGUUACUUACAACCUUGAUGCAGGCUGGAACAAGCCUUACUACCUAGACCCUGCCCAGAUCCCUGAACAUCAUUCCGAGCUCGGCAACGGAGCCGCCGUGCUAGUGCCAGGUCUCAUCGCAGGCGUCUAUACGGCCUCGGAGAGGUUUGGUUUAUUUCCGCUGUCCAAACUGUUGGAACCGGCGUUGUACUUUGCCACGAGGGGAUUCAAACUCCCUUCUGACCUGGCAGAGGAGAUGAGGAAAAACUACAAUCAGAGAGGCCUCCUUCGCACCAAGGAAGGAAAAUAUACUUUCACCAACCCUAAAACAAGAAAAGUGUACAAAGCUGGCGAACGAUUCAGGCAACUUAAGUUGGGGAAAUUCCUUAAACGCCUCUCCAGAUAUGGAAAGGAGUACUUCUACCGUGGUCCCUGGGCGGAGGAAAUGGUUGAGACAGUUCAACGUCACGAAGGCUACGUCACAAUGGAAGACAUGACUCAGUAUAAGGUGACUUCACCUGAGCCCACAAGCACUUUGUACCAAAAGCAUCACGUGGUGACGACAGGCGCGGAAUUAGGAGGCGCUGAGCUGGUUGAAAAGUUAAAUUUGAUGCAACUGGCAGGAAUCGGAGGAUCAACUGACUCUUACCUCACAAACGCCACAAAACUGUUCUGGUUAGCUUCCAUAACACGUCUUAGUUCUUUUGUUACCUUUUUCGCACAAGAAGUUCCUGAUGGAAAACAAUUGCUCAAAGAUCAUCUUGGAAUAAAUGCCGAUUAUUCCUAUCGGAAAACAAAGGACUCUGCUGAAGAGCUCUGGGACAAAAUCGCCUCAUUUGAAAAGAUGAGAAAUGUAAACGACGUCAUGCGAGAAUUGCUGGCAAGUGUUGAGAUGGACGUGGAACGGCAUCAUCGCGGUUCGUCUGGUGUCGUUGCAGUGGACGGUGCUGGCAACGUUUGCUCACUCUCGCAUGGCACAGAUAGUGACGCUUGGGGAACAGGCCUGUUUGUGCAUGGAGUAAGUCUCCCUAGCUCUGGAAUCGCAUUGAAGGCGCAAGUAAAGAGGACCAAUAGUGGUAAAAGAAUACCGUCGGGAUUCCAGCCUGUGAUUAUCUUUGAAAAGGAAACUCGGCAACUUGAUGAAUUUGGCAGAAGGCUCAAACGGGACAUUUCUGCAGCAAGAAAGAACAGGAAGUCGCUUGCUUCCAAGAGGAAAGGAUUCUCAACCCACCAAUCGAACUGGGAAGAAGAGCCGCAAAAACUAGUGGUUUUCAAAACGUAUAACAGCGUUAGAUCUCAGUUUUUCCAUCAGUCGCAAAGGGACAAGUCAGAAAAACGUCACCAGCUUGGACGUGAAGAGGAGCCUGUUGAUAAUUUUGAAGAAAAGGAAUAUCCAGAUGUUCACUCUAAUUUCCAAGCCAAUGGGAUGCCUUUCAAUGAACCAAGCCAUGAAAGAGAGAGAACAGAUCUACCUACCGAGGUCAGUGGUAAAUUGAAGUCAGCCAUGCGUAGUGAGCUAUCCAUUCUACCAACUGAGGAACACGAGGAGUUCAAUGUCGAAAAACCACAUCGUCACAUAAACAAGGAAGCUAAUGGUGAAUCCAGGCUAAAAUCACACACUGAGCCAUCCAUUCCACCGACUGAGGAACUCGAAGAGUUUGAGAAACCACAUAAUCCUGAUUUAUAUCGUCACAAAAACACAGAGGUCAAUGACGAAUCUAAGUUGCCAAUGCAUCCUGAGCCACCCAUGCUACCGACUGAGGAACUCGAGGAGGUUGAGAAACCACAUCCUGAAUCACAUCUACAUCACCAUAACGAAGAAGAGAGUUGCAAUGCCAGUCCAAAUUCUGUGAUUAUCCAGGAAAAAGAAGAAAGGGAAGAAAAUGAAAAGGAAGCAGAAGAAAGAGAAGAAAGUAAGAGAGAAGAAAGUGAGAGAGAAGAAGAAAUCAUAGUAAGAAGACAAAAGACUGAAGGCAAAGAUUCUCAAGAGAAGAACAUCUUUAACAAAGAAGAAGUCAAAGAAUUUCCGCAUCUUGGAAUUCCUGAUGUAUGGAGGUCAGGCAGUCUUCCGAACCGGGAAGCCACCUCUAUGUUGCACUCUAUUCCCCUGGUGCCAGUGUUGGCUCUGACUUCCACCGGUCCCUCGCAGUCAUUUGUUAUUCCGCAGUACUUAACGAGCAUCUUAGACAGUGGAUUGAAUCCCAAAGCAGCUCUGGAAGCUCCAACAUUUCUGUCUCCGAGUCCUCAUUCUUUCCAGCAGGAUAUUCAGGUGGAAAAGUUUACCAUCGAAGAUCAUGUCUUACUGGAUGUUACCGAGUUCGGACAACCAGUGUCUGAGGUGGAUUCUCAGACCACUGAGGAAUUGGCAGGAAAUGGAGCAGCUCUUACGGUCAAGGACGGCAGGAAAAUGCUUGGGUGUGCACAUCCGUCUAAGACUGGCUUCGCCGAGGGAGUCUCGGUAUUAGAAGGCUGGUGAAGGAAUGACCAAUGAUGGAAUAAUGUCCAAAUAGAUUACAGAAACGACCUCAUGUCAACAAAGGCGGUACGUCUUUUUUUCGAUAUUUAUGUCGUAUUAUUGAUACUUUCCUUCCCGAAACUCACGAUUCUAAGUAGGACACAAGCUAAACUUUUUUCGGGAUCGAAAUUUAUAACUGGAUCUUGAAGGUGCCUAAUCUGACCUACGAUCGUUUCACGUUUAGAACUUCGAAUUGCUUAGACGUGAAAGACUUCAGAGCAACCGUAAGAAACAUUUUUCAGUAAGAUCUGUAUCUUCGCUUUGCAAUGAUUUCUGAAAAGUCAGCAAAUUUCACUAGGUGGGGUAUAUUCUAAUUUAGUUUUUUUCCAAUUUCUAACUUUUUGUAUGAUUUAAAGCAAACAGUUCCUAGAAACUCUUACGAGAAAAUCACGAGAUGAAUAAGAGAACAACUUAUUACUCAUAGCUGAGUAUGAAGGUAUGCCUGAUUCGCAGACACAGAGUAGUUUUCUUUUUUCCCAAGGAAAAAGGAAAAUAAAUCAAACCAAGAGACUACGUUUAAAGUACUGUCCAAGAAUUGUUAUUGGAAAUAGUUGUCGACUGGCUUUCUCGUUGAGCCAAAAUCGUUAGAAUAAACUUCAUCUCAGCCUUCAAGUUUUUUUCCAAAUCGAAAUCCUUAAAUAAAUGAUAUCAUUACACUUGG